AACAAACAAACAAAUUCAAAUUGUGGGACAUUCUACAAAACACCUGACCAUUAUUAAAGUGUCAAGGUCAUUAAAGCCGUGGAAAGUCUGAGAAACUGUCACAGUCAGGAGGCACCGGAGGAGAUGUGACAGCUAACUGUAAUGUGGCAUCCUUGAUGGGAUCCGGAACAGAAAUAAGAUAUUAGGUUAAAACAACUAGUAAAUCUGAAUAAAAUGUGGAUUUUAGUUAACAAUAAUGUACCAAUAUUGGUCAUUAUUUGUGACAAAUGUACCAUACUAAUGUAAGAUGUUAAUAAUAGGGGAAUGUGAGUGCAGUGGCUCACACCUGUUAUCCCAGCACUUUGGGAGGCCAAGGUGAGCCCAAGAGUUCAAGACCAGCCUGGGUAAUAUGGUGAAACCCCCUUUCUACAAAACAUACAAAAAUUAACCAGGCAUGGUGGUACACGCCUGUGUCUCAGCUACUUGGAAGGCUGAGGUGGGAGAAUCCCUUGAGCCCGGGAGGUCGAGGCUGCAGUGAGGUGUAAUCCUGCCACUGCUCUCUAGCCUGGGUGAGAGAGUGAGACCCUGUCUCAAAAACAUUAAAAUAAUAAUGAAAUAGGGGAAUGUGGAUGUGAGGUAUAUGGGAACUCUCUGUACUGUCUUCUCAACUUUUCCAAAACUCUGUUCUAAAAUAAAUGUGUUUUUAAAAAAUUAGCCAAAUGCAUUUCUUCUAAAACCUUUUUAUUAAAACUAAUUGCUGCUCUCUUUAAAAACAAAAACAGAGCCCUGUAAGUCUCCAAUUUCUGAGUUGAGUGACCUUUCACAGGGUCACAGAAUCAGCCCCAGCUCUCCUAGUCCUUUCACUGACUCCUCUCUGUUGCAGAGGUGAGAUUUGUUUAGGGAAGUGGGACUACAACUCCCAGAGUGCACCUGUGCGGUUGUCAGGAGCAACCAAGGAAGCAAACUAACAGCCUUGCUAGAGUCUGAGGACUAUCCAGGGCCUCACUGCCAGCCAGCCGGCCAUGGGCCAGGAUUAUUACUCUGUGCUCCAGAUCACUCGCAAUUCAGAAGAUGCCCAGAUCAAGCAGGCGUACCGCAGACUCGCCCUUAAGCACCACCCGUUGAAGUCAAAUGAGCCGUCUUCAGCAGAGAUUUUCAGGCAAAUAGCAGAGGCCUUCGACGUGCUGAGUGACCCCGUGAAGAGAGGCAUCUACGACAAGUUUGGAGAGGAGGGCCUGAAGGGUGGGAUUCCUUUGGAGUUUGGAUCUCAGACCCCAUGGACAACUGGUUACGUCUUCCACGGCAAACCCGAAAAGGUGUUCCACGAGUUCUUCGGUGGAAACAACCCCUUCAGUGAGUUUUUUGAUGCAGAAGGAAGUGAGGUGGAUUUGAACUUUGGGGGGCUCCAGGGCCGAGGGGUCAAGAAGCAGGACCCCCCAAUCGAACGGGAUCUCUACCUGUCCCUGGAGGACUUAUUCUUUGGCUGCACCAAAAAAAUUAAGAUCUCCAGAAGGGUGCUGAAUGAGGAUGGGUACUCCUCCACCAUCAAGGACAAGAUCCUGACCAUUGAUGUGAAGCCUGGUUGGAGGCAGGGCACACGCAUCACCUUUGAGAAGGAAGGGGACCAGGGCCCCAACAUCAUCCCAGCAGACAUCAUUUUCAUCGUAAAGGAGAAGCUACACCCUCGCUUCCGCAGGGAGAAUGACAACCUCUUCUUCGUGAACCCCAUCCCUCUGGGCAAGGCUCUCACCUGCUGCACUGUGGAGGUGAAGACUCUAGAUGACCGUCUGCUCAACAUCCCCAUCAAUGACAUCAUCCACCCCAAAUACUUCAAGAAGGUGCCAGGUGAGGGGAUGCCAUUGCCGGAGGACCCCACUAAGAAGGGGGAUCUCUUCAUCUUCUUCGACAUCCAGUUCCCCACCCGCCUCACACCCCAGAAGAAGCAGAUGCUGCGCCAGGCAUUGCUGACAUGACUGCGGUGGGCUGGAGCAGGGGUGAGAGGAGGCUAGCUGGGCCUCACCCCACCCCUACCCGCCACAGCCUCAGGGUGUGCACAGGUGUGCAUAGCCUCAGGGAGCCUGCUGCACAGAUAUGAUACCAGAGUGGGAUGGUGCAGGGCUUAAACUAACAUAAUAAAGAUCUAUUUCCUGUCCUCCAGCUACA